AGUCGCCUUGCCGGCGUGGCCCGGGCACGACUCCAGACUGUGUUUGAGCGGAAAAUAAAAAGUAAAACGGAAAAUAAAUAAUAUACACCCCCUCCUUCCUCGUGCAAGGAGAUACGGUGGCGCUUUGCAAAACAAUUUCGCGUUCUUAACUGUAGUGGUUAAUUUCGUUGAGAUUCUUUUCUGUAAAUUAUUUUGGGUGUGAUAGAAAUUCCUGUUUAUGGAUACUAUCGGACUAUCAAGGAAGUGAUAUUGAUUCUGUGUUAUUUUAAGUGGAUAUACAAAUUACGAAUAAGUGAAAUUUUCUGUGUCGUAUUUGCCAUUUCCGUAAUCGCAAAGUAUUGCAGCGAGCUUAGUUUACAAGCUUAGUAAAUAAGUAUUUACGGUAUUAUAAUUUAUUGAGGAGGCUUUAACAAAGAGGACCCGUAAAUCUAUCAGGCAUGAGCUAGAACUGUAAAACAUACCAAACUGUGAGUACACCAACAAAAUGAGUUCCCGCGACUAUUACAAAGUGACGUACAGCGGUAAAGGUUCUGAUCGCUCCAAGAUGCAUUUCGAUAACGUGCUCGAUAAUGACACGGAGUUCAAUGCCAACCAGUUCAAACUGUAUGAUGAUUUCACAACGGACCUCAGGAUGAAUUUCAAUCCGAUAAGAAACAACUUCCAAGACUUAACUAGGAAAGAGGUCAGGAGAAGAACUGGCGAUCCCAAUGACUCUGGGGUCGAUAUGGAAAAUGGGAAUCCGCUUGAUGAUGUUGCCACUUCUAAUGAUAGCGAGUUGUUGGAGAACGAAGUAAUGGUAGAUCCUUGGAGCAGCAUGGACUCCUCGAAUUCACCAUUAACUGACUCUGGACCUUCCGCCAGCGACGACUGCACUCCGUCUACGUCAAGCGAACCACCACGCGUGCCUCUAGAUGCACAGUCUCCUGUUUCCCCCCUUGCGCGCCACUUAACUAACCCAAAAGAUGCCAAAUCCUUUGCUACUAAAAACAUAGUUACGAAAACAAAAGACAAGGCGCGCUCUCGUGACUUGACAUUAGAAUUGGAGACUCUAGAGCCCGAUCCUCUCCCACGCCGGCCUCAUUUUCUUGACGAAGAUUACCAGCUUCCGUCCAAAUCAAACAUUGAAUGCCGUAUUCCUAAACCUCAUUUCUUAGAUCACUCACCCUCGCCUGACGAGUUUGAUGAACGAAGUGACAUUACUAAUCCAAACUUUCUUGACGAUGAGGUUGAUUGUGAUGACAAUAUAGCACAAAAAAAAUCUGGAGCGCUCCCCAAACGGCAAAUAAAACCACAAUCCUCUACAUAUUCCUCUCAGGAAGAUCGACCGCAUAGGACUAGUUAUAGAACAGCUUUGCAUUAUGGAUUGGAAAGUGCGGCCAGGUCAAGCGAACGAGAUAAACGAGCUUCGCAGCUAUACAGAGGGACCUGGCCAGGGGAGCGCGAUGUCUGGACAAGUCAUGACUCUUCUAGUGUUCGAAGUUUUUCCAGCAACGGUUCAAAUGAUUGUCCACAGCCGUCCUCUACCUUAGAUAACAAAAUGGACUGCGUUUUUUCUUUAAUUUCUCUUUUAAGUUUAUCCCCUGAAAAUAAUGCAGAUCUUAGUGCACCACUUCUAGAAAUGAGUAGAUCUGUUGAAAGUUGCAUUGCAAUGAGACAAGCGGGCUGUAUACCUUUAUUAGUACAAUUGAUCCACUCAAAAGUGCCUAGAGACAUAAGAGAUCGUGCUGCUAAAGCAUUGCGCAAUAUUAUAUACACUCAAACUGACGACAAAGCAGGUAGGCGGGAAGCAAGAGUAUGGAGAUUAUUAGAACAAGUUAGAGAAUACUGUUAUGUUUUAGAAGAUGUCGUAGAAGCUAGAAAAGAAGGUAAAGAAAUUAUUGAAGAUGAUGCCACUAAACACCCAAGUCAAAGUGUAGCGGCUUUGAUGAAGCUAUCUUUUGAUGAGGAACACAGACAUGUAGUUUGCCAGUUGGGUGGCUUACAAGCACUAGCCGCUUUAGUAAGCGGUGACCAAGCAGCACAUGGUAGCAGAACUGAUGAUAAUACCUGUUUGACUAUGCGAAAAUACGCUGGUAUGACGUUAACCAACUUAACGUUCGGUGAUGGCAAUAAUAAGUCUUUGCUUUGUUCAUUUAAAGACUUUAUGUUAGCCUUAGUUGAACAACUAGAAUCUCCCAAUGACGAUAUGCGACAGGUUACAGCAGCUGUGCUUAGAAAUUUAUCCUGGAGAGCAGAUACGAACAGCAAGCAAGUUCUUCGAGAAGUUGGUGCUGUCAAAGGUUUGACUAAAGCUGCGAUGACAUGUCAGAAAGAAGCCACUCUUAAAUCUGUCUUAUCUGCUCUAUGGAACUUGACGGCCCACUGUACCAUGAAUAAAGUGGCCUUAUGCUCAGUCGACGGAGCCUUGGGCUUUCUCGUCGAUAUGCUAAGCUACAAUUCACCUACAAAAACAUUAGCGAUCGUAGAAAAUGCAGGCGGCAUAAUGAGAAACGUUUCGAGUCAAAUUGCCGUUCGAGAAGAAUACAGGCAAAUUCUCCGGGAGAGAAAUUGUUUAAGUGUCUUACUGCAACACCUGAAAUCGCCGAGUCUGACAGUUGUUAGCAACUCUUGUGGCACUUUGUGGAAUCUUUCCGCGAGAUGCCCUCAGGACCAAGAAUUCCUCUGGGACCAUGGAGCGGUGCCGAUGCUCAGAAGUCUUAUCCAUUCUAAACAUAAAAUGAUCGCGAUGGGCUCGAGCGCUGCUCUUAAAAAUUUACUCAAUUCUAAACCAGGAAAAACGCACAUAAUCUCUUUAGAUACUACAGCUAGGAGUAUGAAUUUACCUGCUCUACCAACUUUAGGGGCGCGUAAACAGAAAGCUCUCGAGCAAGAAUUAGAUCAAAAUUUAUCUGAAACUUGUGAUAACAUUGAACCGGCCACAUCUCCAUCUACCAGUAAUAGGGAGGAGAAAAAUUUGUUUACAGCAACUGAAAGACAGAUAGCUAUGAACCUUGAAAGACACAGAAUGACUUCCAGUUCGCCAUUAAUGGGAACGCUAACAUCACAAAUAUCGCUAAGUCACAGCGCACAUUUGGCGAGUUAUUUGAGCUGCAGUAACACUUUAUUGAAAGGUGCGAUGGUAAAUAGAUCCACUACGAGCGGUAGCUCGGGUAAUGUUAACAGAUCCGAGAGUAAAGACUCUGUAACGAGUACGCAUUCCGAUUCAGUUUUUGAACGAGUUAUGCGCACUGGCAAAGUUCCCGUGCCGACGCCUAGAAGUAAAGAUUUGAUGAAAACGGAAACAGGUGGUGAAGCGUUCAAAGUAUCAAAAACACAUAGCAAAGAAGGUUUCAUGAAGUUCCCCACUCAACCGCCUAUCCCUCCUCCAAGAAGUACGACAGAUAUUAGAACUAACUUCACAGAAUCUGGUUACGACGUCGACCAAGAUUCUUGUGACCAACCUAUAGAUUAUAGUCAGAAGUAUUCAGAAACCAAGGCGAAUGAUGGGGAUUCAUUGGAAAAGUCUAAAACGCCCGAAACGACGAAAAAAUAUCCAAAGAAAGAUAGCCCUAAUACCUUCGGCGACUACCAAGAAACGGAUCUGGAUCAACCGACUGAUUACUCUUUGCGUUACGCCGAACAUCAGUCUGAGACUGGUUCUGAUUCAGAACCCCCCGGCCCCUCGGAUACUAUUAAACACUUCGCCACCGAAGGGACGCCUUACGAAACGCCUAUAAUAUUCUCUACGGCGACUUCUAUGUCGGAUCUUCGGGUGAUCGCCAAAGAUUCGAAGCAGAAGACUCCUAGUGUGAAAGAGAACCCCGAGGUGAUGACUCAUUCGGAUGAAAAGGAUACGUGCUCGAUAGAGGAUCCACCGCGGCACGACAACGACUUAGCCGCGACCACUCCUCAAGCUGAUUUGCCUGAAACUGAACCCAAACGGGAGGUCUUCGACACUAAAUUCAGUUCAGGCAUGGCAAGUCCUGAAAAACCUGUAAAUUACUGCGAUGAAGGCACGCCUGGAUAUUUCUCUAGAGUUAGUUCGCUCAGCAGCGUCGGGGAACCAACAGAGGAAGACAGCUUAGCUAAGAAGAACGCAAUGGCUACCAUCAACGUUGAACCCAGUCCCCAGGAAACUAACAUCAGUAGUUCUGUAAAAGACAAAGAAGGGUCUAAAGCGGUGACUUUCGCGCGUGAGCCUGUAUCUGUGGUGGCGACUCCGCCUGGCGCGAUCUCGCCGCGUUUCGUGGAGGAGACUCCGCUGAUGUUCUCGCGCUCGAGCUCGCUUGGCUCGCUGCCGGACUGCUCGCACGACGACCAGGGAUCAGUGCUCUCGGAGUUCAGUCGUUUAGCGUCGGGUUGCCUGUCACCGAGCGAGAUCCCGGACUCGGCGGGGCAGAGCAUCCCGCACUCGCCGCCCGCCGAGCCCGCGCAGCCCCAACCGCCCACGCCGCCGCCAGAGGCCGGGCCCGCGUCCGUGUUCGAGGAGCGCGUGUCCCAGUUCGUGGUGGAGCACACGCCCGCGCAGUUCUCCUACUCCACCAGCCUCAGCAGCCUCACCAUAGACGAUGACCACAAGGCAUCAGUACGGCUAAUCAAAGAGCAAGAACUGCCUACUGCGGCGCCCACGAAGGACCAAUAUCAACUGUUGUCAGAAAGAGACGAAAUGAGAGAGCACGUUCCCUGUUUACCACCAUCCAGUUCUACUCCUAACGCUGGUUACAAAGGCACACAAACUCCCAGCGACGUCUGCCAAGUGUACUUCACGGAAGACACCCCCGCCAUACUAUCUAAAGCCGGCAGCAACUCGAAUCUGUCCGCGCUGUCCAUCGAGUCGGCCCCUCCCCCUCCCGCGCCCCCGCCGCCCGCCGACUCGACCGAUUCGUCAAACUCGUCCAACCUGAGCGACGCGAACGAUCUGUUAGAGGAGUGCAUACAGAAGGGGAUAGCGAAAGUGAGCGCGCGCAGGAACGGCAGACGCGUGCACGAGCAUGACGCCGCCGAUACAUCCGACAGCUCCAACAUGAGCGACGCCGGUGACUUGCUAGAGGAGUGCAUACAGAAAGGGAUCGAUAAGGUGGUGAAGAACAAAGGGCCUGCAGCGGACGUGUCUACUGGGCCAUUCAACGUUAGAAGCGAUGUUUAUGUAAGUUGCGUCAAUAAUAUAACACUGUACGUUGUAGUAGCUCGGUGGCGUAGGGGAUUAGCGCCGGGGGCCCGAUCACUGCCGCCGCACUUGCGAUCCUCGACUGAAACAGUGAAGAUGUCUCAUGAUUUCGCAAGAAAUAUACGCGACAGCCGCAGCGGCAGCGGCAGUUGCAGCUCCGACCGCGCGCCGCCGCUGCCGCCGCGCCACGCCGCGCCCCCCGCGCCGCCCCCGCCCCCCGCACAACACCGUAGUCGCGACCCUCGCCCUCCCCAGCGCGACGUGGACUCGGCCAGUUCAGUGAGCCUGGACUCGUUCGGUUCCACGGACCGGGAGAUAUUCGAGCAGACAGUGAAGGCAGGUCUCCCUCACCGGGCGAGGUCACCUGGCUCACUCAGCAAUGAAUCGUUCGGUUCCACUGAUAAAGAAGUCUUCGAACGAUGCGUCAGAGCUGGCAUAUCUCAGUCUCGUCGCCCCCGCAGCGCCGACAGGAGGUCGCGGCCGCGGCACGACCGCCGCGCCUCCGCACACCCAUCCCAUCCGCCGCCGCGCAACGCGCCCCCUGCACACCACACGCAGCCCCUGCACACAGGUUCCGCCCCAAAAAACGAGGCGGCGCCGCCUGCGGCCCGCGCGCCCGCAGGCGACGCAGACCUCGCGCGCGACUGCACUGGCUCUGAUACACUCACUGACCACUCACAUACACUCACUGAUACACACUCACAUAUACUCACUUAUGCACACACUGAUACUCACUCACAUACACUCGCCGAUACUCACUCACAUACACUCACGCGGUCACGCACACUCACCGUCACACACGCAACACAAGAGCGUCCACCCACCGACCAAACGGACGCCGAUACCCAUCUAAAUCUUCACAACGCUAUCGACGAUCUGGAAACCCUCUUGAGUCGUUCCACAGAACUCGACGACAUCGAGAGGAGGCUGGAGCGCUUCGAAGAGUACUCCGCCGACCGAUCGUCGGACGGAAUCGUUCGCGACGAUCGCCCGACUCGUUCCGACGACUACGAUCUGAACGAUUUCGACCGCUCGAGGGACCUCGUCGAUCUCGACCGCUCGAACGAAUCGUACGCUGACGUCACCGACGGCGACGCGUCGGACGAUGAGCGGAGAGCUUACUCGGCCGCCUCCACUCUGAGGGAGAGGUCGGACUGUGAAAACGGCGACUUGCACAGAUCCAACGAAGCGUACGCCGAUGUCGCCGACGUUUCCGAUCGUAGAGUUUCGACCUCGACCGCCCCGGAGGAUGAUAAGGGAGACGUGAGAAAAUCGGACCGCCCAGAAAACGCCAGCGACGAAGAGGACCCCGCCACCCAUUCCGGGGCAUCGAUCUUGAAAGAAAUCCGCACCGAUCUCGAGUGGGUGGACGUGAAACCUGAUACCUGGGAGGAUCACACGUGCCCCGAUGACGUCACCUUCCCGACCAUCAGCUCCGCCCACCUGGAAUCUUCGACGAGCGAAAUCCGCGAUGUUCCUGAGCUUCCCGAUCUGCUGGAGAAACGAGUCACGAACGCUUCGUUGUCCAGGCCUGAUCUCACCGAAAGACUCGAGGAGUGCAAGCCGAUCGAGGACUUCCCCGCCCCCUCUCUGCCGCUAGAUGAGAGCGAGACUCACCUCGAUUCGAUCAUGGCGGCGGCCAUAGAGAAGGAAGCGGCCCGAUUAGCCGCCCAGCUUAAAAACGCUCACUUCGGGAUGGACAAUAGCGUCACGUCCUUGACCAGCUUGGAUUUGGACCACGUCCGUCCGCCCUCCGAGUUAGGAAGCUUACUGUCCUUGAGUGCGUCCGGCAAUUGGGACGAUUCAUCUGCGCAAAUCUCGAAGAAAUCCCAACGGAGCCGCAAAAAAUCCUUACCCGUCGCUCUCAUGGUCAAGAGAGCAUUGAGCAACUCGAUGCACCAAGGUAGCUCAGAACACUUGGACAGUAAUCCAGUGAGUUUUCUCGAUAACGUGAAACCGCCAUCCGAAAUGGAAGCGAUGGAUAUGGAAGGGAGCAUGGUGUCUGUCGCGAGCAUCGUAUCCGAAAUGGAGGAAUGUAAAGAACGGAUUCCGGUCGUGUUCGAUUUAAAACAGCCUAUUCAAGAUUUCCCGCUGUACAGCGCUUUUACCACGGUCUUCCACGACUUGGAUAAAGUCAAUCCUCCGUCCCUAUUCGACGAAAUGGCCGAGUCGACUGUUGAGAUAGAUCAGACUACCGCGCAUCAAGUGUUCGACGACUGUAUAUCUAAUACAUUGAACGUCGUCACAGAUAUCCCCUCGGGUUCAGAAACCUGCACUCCGUUGCCGUCGGAUGUAAGCAGCGUGGAAUCUACGCCUAAAAGACAUCGGAUUUCGAACUACUUGACGCCGAAAGAAAAAAGACACGUAUCUAAAGACAGAUACCAAACGUACACUAUAACGGACACGGAUAAUGUGACCGAUAACGACGUCGUGCUCGAAGUGGAAGACGAAGAAUUUUUGACGUGGACCAAAUCUGAGAGUGACAAGUCGGAAGAAUAUGUCACCGCGACGUCGGAAUCGAAAUCGAGAAGGAGAGUGAGCGCGAAACAAAGACGGCUAGAGGAUAGAGCUAGGUACCAAACGCAGACCGUCAAUAUACAAAAUAUCGUGACGCAGGAGUGCUCGCAGCCAAAAGUGAUAGACCCUCACAUAGAGAGUCUGAAGCGACGUUUGGAGGCGAAGAAAACUAUGAAACAGAAGCGGAUAGAAGACGCUGAAAGGUUUAGAACGCGAACCUUGAGCGAAGACAUUCCGCCGUCUCCCACGUUCGUCACUAAGGAUGCCAACUUCGAGAAUGUCGAAACGACAACAGGCUAUGAUAGUUUGUCAUCCAACGAACUGAAUCACCAGCAGUUGCCUGACGAGAGGCAACGUGACGAUGACGUGUUCAGGGACGCCGAUAGCGGCCACAACGAAGACGACUUCGAACUGAACUCGACCCAAAUGCAGACUUACACGAAGAGCUUCAGAAACUAUUUGCCGGUGAUCGAGAGUCCCGCGGCAGUGGAUAUGUGCGUCGUGAACAAUCUCAAGAAUAUCGAAAUGACCGCAUCCUACAAAAGAAGUAUGCAAGAAAACGACAAAAAUCAGCACCCGAGCAGUAGUGAGUUCGCCAGUUACGAAGGCGACAGUAACUCUGAGGAUAGGGCACGGUCGGAAUCAGACCAGGAAACGUCCUCGUCUCGCCCCAAACCGAAAAUAAUAAAACCUACCAAUAGACGAGAUGAGAGCGUGGACAGCAACGAGUCUCUAGAAAAAGAUCAAGAAACACCUAGAGCUAUUAGAGGCCGGAAGAAGGCAUCGUACGUAUCUCCUUACAGACGAACUACCGUAGCUCCGGCUAAGAAACCAACCGCAGCAGGGGCUGCUGUGAAAAGCACAUCGAAAGCAAUUCAACCACCGAAAACAGUAAACAACCCUCUGAAAUCGAAUGUCAAAAUUCCAAAUAAACCGUCUGCCGUUUCCAAGCCUGCGAGCGCAAAUACUUCUCCCAAAAAAUCUAUUCCGCACAAAUCACCGACAAAAGGAGUUCAACAGAAGCCCGUUUCGAUACCGUUGACGGGAAGCAGUAAACCCUUACCGUUAGAAAGGCAGGGAACUUUCACCAAGGAGGAGAGCACAGUACCGCCGAAAGAUUUACCCGUGCCGGAUAAAAAGUCUUAUGUUCCUCAAUAUAAGGCUACUUCGCCUACCAAACCCGUCAACACAUCACCGUCGCGACUGCCGCAGUUGAAUCGCUACUCGAGACCUGCAGGUGCAGCUGUUAAAGGCAACCAGAAACCUACGACUAAAACGACGACCACAAAACGAUCCACAGAGACAACAAUGAAGAAUUCUCCGUCUAAUCAUAGUCUGCAGAGCAAUGACAGCGGGAAAACUGUGACACUAGCGUCGAGAAGUUCUAGACAAGGCAGCACGUCCAGUGUCAACUCUGUGCAAUCAUCUAAGAACACCAAGGAUGUCGAAAGCAAAAUCGCCAAUUUGUGGAAAAAAGUAGAACAAAGCAAAAAGCAACCGGCAAAAGCUGACAAAAGAGUAUGGAUCGAAAGCGACAAGACUGACACGCCCAAGUUAAUCAGAAGCUCCACCUUCGAAGGGCAACCGAAACAAAGUCAAGUCAGCGCACCCAAACAGAAAUCUGCAAUCGGCAUCAGGGUGUCGCAGAUACCUAGUUUGCGACCUAAAUCGACUCCGGCUAAGAUAAGCACUCACGCCGCCGGCACUGCAAAGAAACCGACUGCUACUAAAGUAUUUGCUAGGAAACAGAUAAACGGUCAGGUUAAUUCCUAA